AUGGAAACGUACAACAGCCUAACGGAUCCACAUCUGUUCACCUACUUCUCGAACGAUCGCAAAAAAGAUGACUUGAAAAAGGCGGGAUUAUUGACAAAGGAUGGUGGCGUAGUCUCUGAAGCAACAUACAAACUGAACGCCAUCAUGAGCGAGAAAAAGAUCAAAGGAUUCAACGUCACCCACGACCAACAACAAAUUGACGGCAAGUACCGACAAUCUACCUACCAUUCGAUGAUGUCAUCGGCCAGAAAUAAGUACCCCCCCUGGAUCGGUUCAUCCCCCUACAACUGGCCAAUCCCUAUGCCACAUAAUGACAUUCUGAAAGUAAGAAUAUCGGGUGGUGGUCACAAGUGCACUGGCUACCUGACCUACAACACCCUGCCGGCUAUCAAGAGGGGGCACGAUGGCAGUCCCUGUAGAAAUGAGAUUCAGGUAAGCGGGACAUUACAAAUAAUUCCAAAGACCAACAAUCUCCACAACAGACCAACCAACAGCAAUGCCCACAACAACACAAACAACAACAACAACAAACCAUGUUACGUCACAAUGCGUUACUAUGGGGAUGCUAUCCAGUUGUCAAACUCUUGGAUGGUUAGGAGAGAUGAGGUUGUCGUUGAGCAACAACACUGUGGUGGAAGUACAAUCACCGUUUUUAAGGAUAAACUCUGCCCCGGAUCUGACUUCACUUUUGUGUCCACUCGUCACAGCGACUACCCCUUCAGCCUCACCAUCUACGUGGACUAUAAGCAGAACACCAGGGUCAGUGUCUGCUGUGAGGCUAAGCAUCGAAAAGGCGUUCGACUCGGUGGAAACAGUGGAAUGUUUGGUAUCGUUUCGGUUAGAAAUCCGAGAUUUUGCGAAAAGUGCAGCGAGACUAGGAAGCGACGGAAGUUGGAGAAAAAAAUGAAGCGAAAGAACAAAACAAAGAAUGACGUGGACAACAAAGAAGACGAAGAGAACAACAACAACGAUGACGAUAUUGAUGACGUCAUCACGGCCAUGAAAGAUAUUCACGACGACGACGAUGAGGAUGAUGCUCAGGCGCGCGACAAACAUACCGAUGACGAUGACGAAGUGAAGGUCAAAAACAAGACCAAAAAACCUAAAUUGAAAAAAAAGAAAAAAAUUAUCGCUAAAGAGGAACCAGCUUACGACGACGAUUUUGAAAAGGAGAGCGAUGAUGAAAGUGGGGAAAUGAAAGAUGGCGAUGCCAUGCCAUCAAGCAACCGCGAUGUCUAUUCUGUUUUGGUUAAAAGUGAAUCUUCGACUCAGCGUAAAAAUGAGAACACUAGAGAUGACCAAGAUAACGACAAUGAUAGUGACAAAGAGGCAACCAAAAACGGCGAAAAAGAAGAAGAUGCAGAAUUAAGCGACAACCAGACACAAAAGUUGCCUAGAAAAAAGGUCAAGAGUCCGCCGACUGAGAGAAAAUUGUCCAAAAAAAAUUCAAAUAUCAACAAACGUGAAAUUCAAAGUGAUGACGAUGAUGUAACUCCAGAACAUGCAAAAGUCAGACGAAGCCUGUCCAAGAAACAAUCCAAUGCUACAAAUAAGACUCUCAGCUCUGACAAAAUAAAAACAAACCCUGAAUCGAAUAAAGAAUUGUCUAAAAAGGAGAAGAUGAAUAAGCUUGAGAAGAAAGAAGAACACCCAAAAUUAGAAAAAAGAAAAUCUAAAAUGUUGCUGAAAAAUAAAUCUUCGUCAAUGAAAAAUGAAACCAGACUGGUGAAAUUAAAUGAAAACGAAGAAGACACAAAAAUGAACGAUGACGCCAUUAAAAAAGACAGCUCUAGAGAUCAACGAAGCAUUCAAAAAUCAUCAAGUGUCAGAUCUACAAAAAGUGAAAUUUUGCAGAGCGAUCGGAGUUCGAUUAGCAAAAAUAGCCAGCGAAGUAUCAAAAAAGUGAAAUCGAGAAACCCUUUCGAAGACAGCCAAAGACAUCAACUAAAUAAAACACCAACUGAACCUAAUAUAGUGGAAGAUGACCAAGAUGAGCAAGAGGAUUCUGAAAACAAAUCUGACCGAGAAUUCCAUGCUGACCCAGAAAAUCUGGAUGAUCGGGAAGAAGAGUUACAAGAAAAAGAAGCUUACGAGAAAAAGUUGAAAGACACAGCGAGGCAGUGCGUCAUGGACGUUUACCGAAGCUUGGAAACCUCCAUGCUAGAUGACGAUGACGUCAACAAUAACACCCACGAAGCAAAUGAUAAGAGUGAUUAG